GAUGGUCAGUGUAUGUACGAAGUUCUUGUCGUGACAUCGUCUUUGUACAGCAGUCAUCAUGUCCGUCGCUAGCGCUUUCCAGUCAAGCAAAAUCGUCCCUGACGUAAUCCCCGUGCCGCCGACUAAACCUAUCGAACUGAAAUACCCAAGCGGUGCAGUGGCUCAACUUGGAAACGAACUCACACCCACUCAAGUGAAGGACCAGCCCACCGUGUCAUACGAUGCUGAUCCCAACUCGUAUUAUACACUCAUAUUCACUGAUCCCGACAACUAUGAUGGUCCAGAGAAGGUGUACCGCGAGUGGCACCACUGGCUCGUAGUGAACAUUCCCGGUAGCAAUGUGUCUCAGGGCGAAGUUCUAUCUGGUUAUAUCGGCUCUGGCCCACCAGAGGGCACUGGUAUACAUCGCUACAUCUAUAUCCUUUACAAGCAACCCGGAAAACUUCAAUUCGAUGAAAAGAAAUUGACAAAUAAGUCAAUAGACGGUCGCGCUGCUUUCUCAACACAAAAAUUCGUGGAAAAGUAUAAGUUGGGAGCUCCGGUCGCCGGAAACUUCUAUAAGGCACAGUUCGACAGCUAUGUACCACUGUUAUACAAAAGUUUGGGCGUUUAAAUUGCUAUAAAUUUAUUUAACGAAA